AUGGAUCAUGGGGAACGUAGCGUCGAUGUCGUACCAAAACCUUCACAACCCGCCCCCAAGGGCCCAAAGGCUCGUUCAGGGCUAGAGUUGGCUGGUCGAGUCGCCCAGUUGGCUGCCCGCUCCCCUCGCCAAACCCCUCCUCCCCGCGACAUUGGUGCGAUGGCGCCCGCACCACCAACGCCUCCUCCAGAGGACCUGAAGCCGGUUCCCCUGCGAUAUCCCGAGACGCUGGGCACGCUGAUUGAGAUCCGGGAAUCCGAAGGCAAGGGGAAAGGAGUAUUUGCGCUAACCGACAUCGAACCGGGCACCAUCCUGCUCUCCGAGGCUCCCCUCGUCACGCUGAUCGACACGGGCACGCGCGCCGACCCUCUCGAUGCCGCUGUCAACGCCCUGUCCCCCGAAGCGCGCGCUUCGUAUCUCUCGCUGCACAGCUAUUCGAGCCGGCCGCACGAGUCGCGGAACCGCUCGAUCCUGUACAGCAAUGGCUAUUCCAUCAUGAACGAUCUGGCCACCGGCGUCUUCGAGACGGCGAGUCGCAUCAACCAUUCCUGCGUGCCGAACUCGCUGUACAAGUGGUUCCCGCAGGGCGAUAGCGGGAGGAUGGUGUUCUGGAACCGAUUCAAGUUGCUCGAGGGCGAGGAAGUCUGUGUCGAUUAUGGACACAAGAGGAGUUACCUGAAGAGGUUUUAUGGGUUUGACUGUGAUUGCGGGGGGUGCACAGAUGGGGGCGGUAGCAAUACAAGUAGCUCAUCGUCGGAGAAUGAGAAGGCCGCAGAAAGUGGAGUUAAAGGUAUCGAGGAGGUUAUGAAGAGUUUGGCUCUUGAUGGAGGGGAUAGAAAGAAAGGAGGGGAUGGAAAGGAGGAAAGCUGA